GAAAUCGAAUGGCCUUCGGAAGGUGCUCGAGAGUGCCGUGCUUAAUCUCGUAUUUUCUGUUUCGCAGACAGGGCAGAUUUCGCAACACGACCUUGACAAAUUCCAUGCCGCAUGGACAAUGGUCUUGCCAUAUAUACCUCAAACCAUCACUUCCGUCAUUAGCCCUCCCGACAUGGACCCCAGGGAAAUCGGGAAUGAAUCCGCCUCUACCGCUCCAUCCUCCGUGGAGCAAGCCUCGAGCUCGCAUUCCUCGACAAUUCAAUCCCCUGCAGCCGCCGAAAUCCCAAUCAUUACCCCGACCCCGUCAUCUGCCGACCCGAUCAUCCCCAAACCAUCGACCAUUCCUACCGUCCACCCACAGUCAGCACCCAACGCUCCGGAUGACAGGGAUGAAGAAUCGACCACCGGUCAAAAGGAGUCUAGACAGAGCCGGCCUUUGACCCAGACGUCUUUGUCCACUGGCCACAAACGCCCCCGUGGGGGGCGAUAUCAACUCGGGAACAGGACAUGUGCGCGGAAACGGAUUAAAUUGGGGACUGGGCAGAUUCAGGAAUGUUACGGGACCAAGGGAAUGGUACCCCCUCUGUCUCUAGACGUCUGCAAGAUGUGGCCCCCCAUCUCCAAUAUAGACAAAACGCUGGGCGUCCCAGGGCUCAAUGCAGAUGCUAGGUCAAAGCUCCUCCAUUCCGUAGACUUGCGUGUCAUCCCUUGUUUUUCCCAGACUGAGGCAUUCGUUUUUCCGUACCGCGGAAAUUCUAAAUUGAAGCAGUACUUGGAAUCUCCGCGGCAUGAUUCCAAAAAUUGGAAGCCCGUUUUGAUGACAGCAAAGCAAGCGUUAGCGAUGGGCGCACGAGUGUUUCAGGGUAAAGUUAACGACGGUACCCCGAUCGUCUUGGUGGACCGAACACCGCAGGUCCCGUUUUGCCUCUCUGGCAUCGUUAAAGUUGAGCCCAAGGUUCGGUGUAUCGGCAAGUUGUGUCUCCCAUCAUUUCAUCCUGUUGACCGACCUACUUUUAGAUUCUGACCAUAUUGCAUCGACCGACCCCUCCCUAAAGAUGGCCCCAGGUGAUGCUUUUCGCGAGAUAUGUGAUUGGCGGAGAUCCAGGCCAUUGAUCUUUACCCAACCAUCCGCUAGCCACUUUCAGCUGGACGGCCCAAUUGGUGACCGAGGCUGGCGAUAUCUGAUUGUCGCGGCCGCUGGCUCUAUACACCCCCCUUGCCAGGGUCCAAACGGCAUUGGCACUAGCCUUCACUGCC